AGGGACAGGAGAAGAUUACAUCACAGAGGGAAUUAAUAUUUCCAUUCUAAUUCAGCUAGAUAUUUAUAAGAAUGUAUGCAGAGGAAAGCAACAUGGACAUGUCUAUGCAGUCACCAGGAGUCAAAUUUGACUCAAGUAACCUUACAUUUUAUGAAUCAGAAAGAUACACAGUUUAACAACCUGGAACAAAGCUAUAGCAAAUCAGUUCUGUCUUUUUGCUCAGAAAACAUAUGUGGACAUAUCCAUGAAGUUACCAAGUCUUGAGCUGAACUCAAAGGAAACUUGAUUUCUCUGGCAACAGAGCUGAGAAUUAUUUGGGCAAAGUGGAAAUAAAGUUCAUUGUAAGAAAGCUCUAAUGGAUGACAGGGAAUCUCCUACAAAUAAUCUUCAAUUAAAUUUACAAGAUGUACUUCAUACUGACAUGCAUGAAGAAAGGAUCAAAACUUGUUUGGCUUCUUCUCCAGAUGAAAAUGAAAAUCAGUGUAAUAGUAGGAAGCAUAAUAUCCUGAAAAGCUCUCAUAGUACAAUAGGAAGAGUUGAGCAGGACAGCAUUAAUAAUAACGAGGACAGUGGAGACUAUACAUCCUGCUUCCAAGAAGAUGAAAGUGAUAAGACACAUAAAAGUUUGAAAUCAGAUAUGCCACAGAAGCUUGAUUCUGAAAAAAAGAAUUCAAGAAAAACAAAAAGUCCCAGCAGGAAAGCCAAACAAGAGAAAGCUGACAUUACAGCAGUAUCUUAUGCACAAGGGGCCGAUGGAAACAAGACAAAUUCAAACCAUCCUGUGAAAGAACCAACUCAGACUUUACAGUUCCUCUUCUCUUUUCUUCAAGGAGAAUUUAAGCAAAUGGAUUCAAGCAUACUGCCCCUGUUCUUGCAUCAGAUUGCUGAAACUUAUUUUCAAGAUGGAGAAUAUGAGAAAGCAAUGAAGUUCAUUUGGCUUGAACAGUUAUAUCACAAGCAAUUACUUGCAAAUCUUUCUUCUAUUCAGCAGCAAUGGGAAAAACAGUGGAAAGCAACAGCAUGCAAUGACAUUCCAAGUCUAAAGAAUUCUUCUAAAGAUCUGAAUAAUGAUGAGCUAGACAAACUUGCUGAAUUUUGCACAUCUCAUCAAGAGCCACUUGUCUCCAGAAGCAAGCUAAUAAAUAAAGAAAUAUCCUUCAGAUGUGAACAGUUCAUAAGUUUAAUGGCAUCUGAAGAUUUAAAAGAACAAAGUACUUCUACAUGGGAUUCAGCAUGCCCAGCCUGGUCCUUCGCAAGGCAGCUACUGGCUGCACAAGGCUUUCUUCCUGAAAUCAGACACAGCAGUUUCCUUGCAAGAUCUGGGAAAGAAGGCCCCAGGAAGAGCCAGCUGGCCACCCCUCGUCAGCAGCAGGAGCAAGAGGACAGCAAAGAUACUCAGAGCUGGCCAAGUAUUGAAGCAAAGAAAGAGAACCAUCACAAAGAAAGAGAGAGAAAUGAAAGUUUCCAAUCUGAAAGCAGUUGUCUGAUCAAGGAAGCAGAAAGGCUUCAGCUAACUGUGAGGAAACACCAUCUCAAGGAGGAGCUCUGCAGUACUGAACCCACACUGAAUCAGCCAUUUGUUCUAUCCACAGAGACCCUGGACACGCCUUUCUCUCAGUGUUUAUCUUUGAGGGAUGCUAGUGAAGAUGACAGUCUGCAGCUAAGGAAAGAACAGUUCUCUCAGGAUGGAGCAAAAAUAGAAGCAGCAGCUGAGCAGCCUGCAGCAAAGUGUCCUAGUGAGCCAAUGGUAGACGCAUUAGUUUGGACAGAUGCUGAUUAUAUACCUCCUGAUCUAAUUGCCACAGAUGAAAAUAUUCCAUCUGAAAGAAACAUACUCAGGACAAAACGCUGUUCUAGCUCUGUGGUGAUUGCCAGCAGCCAGUUGGAAAGCAGCAUAUUAAAUCAGCCGCAGCAGCAGCAACAGCCUGAUUAUGAAAAUAAUAGGAAAUCUGUGCAAAACCAAACACCAGGCAUUAGUGGGAAUGUGCAGUUUGACACUGAGAUGCCCAAACAGCCUAGUGUUGUAUAUGAAUGGAUACAGGAAGAAACAACAGUACUGGAAGAGAAAUGUGAAAGUGAAGAACCAGAAGGCUUCUUUGACCAGAUUUUAAAUGGUAGCAUAAAAGUUAGAGAAGGAGCCCUUAAAUUUCUAGAAACUCAAGAGGAUUCUGAAAUCCUUCCACAUAUUCCAUCUGAACAAGCACUUUAUUCUUCAUUGGAAGAUUAUUCACCAGAUGAAAGCUUUUCUUCACUUGAUGAGCUUGCAAAGCGAAUACAGAUUGCAGAGACUGUUCCUGCAGAGGGGCUUGUGUCUAUAUUAAAAAAAAGAGAUGAGAAUGAAGGAAAAACACUGGCUCAAAUCCAGCAGAGACAGUCAAAAAGAAGAGUGAGAUUCCAAGAAAUGGAAGAAACAUUAGAACAAGAGGAGGUUGGAGCUGGCUCCUGCAUUUUGCUGAUCUUACUCUGCAUAGCAACUGUAUUCCUUAGUAUCGGAGGAACAGCAUUGUACUGUACACUUGGCAACGCAGAAUCCCCAGUAUGUACUGACUUUGCUGCCAAUGUGGACUUUUACUGCAGCCGAAUACAGCAGGGUAUAGAAGAAAUUAAACACUGGAUAUGUUUAUAAUAGAAGAAGAAGUAUGAACAUAUAGUAAUAGUUUGCUGUUGCAGAAGGAAGAAAAAUAGUUCAAGCAUUUAAUAAUCUUGGCACUUUCAGAAGUAACAUAACAUAGGAAGCAUCUGUAUUGUACAUAGGAGAUACUUUCCAAUAAUCUGGAGUGUAUAAAUAGAGUUAUUGAUCAACUUUCAUGAGGCAGCAUAAGAGACUGUCCUAACGUUCACCUUUUGAAAUGCUCAGAACAAUUUUCUGUUUACCAACUUAGGAAAGAAAAAGGUGACCAUAUUUCUUAAAAUUUCCAAUCCUCAUACAAUCAUAUGCAAUCUGUGUAAACUUCAAUGCAAAACAGCUGAUUUUCCUUACAUCAUAAUGCAAAGAUAUUGUCUCCAAUUAUCAUGCAAUAAGUUAAUAUUUAAUGGAAACAAACCUUGUUUGGGAAUAAUGUAUUUUAUGUUUUUAAUUUGAUGAUGAUGAAUUGUAAUUGGUUGUGGCAAUGCCACAAACAGCAAAGCUCUCCAUUUAGAUGUUAUUGAAUUGUGCUGCAUUUUAGAAUGUAGCAGUUAUAAUAAGUGGUGCAUUCGUUACUUUCAUAUACAGCCUUGGCAAAAUAUGUGGAGACUUUUAGUAAUAUAUACCUUAAAAUGGAUUUAUAAAACAGGUUCUCUAUACAAAACAAAACAUAAAAUAUAUCUGAAUACAUUUCAGUGCCAUUAAUAACCGCCCAGGGUCAGUUGGAGUAAGGUGGCAUCCAAAUUGAAUAAAUAAGUCAUGAUCCACAUCUUUUAAAAAGGGUUCACACGUUUAAUUUUUUAGAUCCAUUUUUAUGAUAUUUUAAGUGUUCAUCUAACACUGUAAAGUGUGAACACAAUAAAUACGUUUACAAACACUGACAUAAAACAUCUGAACUUGACAGAGCAGAUACGUUUUUCCUCUGACUGUGGUCUUAGUAACAAAAGUGGAUUUCUUCUCUACGACAAGCCAAAAUGGGCCGUGGAUAAUAUCAAAUCUUCUUUUGGUUUUAUUAAAACUACUGAUUUAUAUUAGUCCACAUUAUGAAGAAAAAGUAAACUCUGAAAAAUCGUACCUUAGAAUGAAGAUAUAAAUUAUUCAGUUGAAUACCAGGCAUAUAUUGUAAUUUCUUUGUUUCAUUGUUGUGAGCCUCCCAGAAUCAAUGAGAGUCAGGUGGCAUACAAGUUUAAUAAAUAAAUAAUAAUAAUUAUUAUUAUUACUAUUAUUAUAUGCCUCAAUAGGUGAAAAGAAGACCCACUAAUAACAGAAGCAACCCAAACUCUGCGAUUGUAUCAGCAGAAUGCUCUCUCCCUGCGAUAUAUAAUUCCACAAUUGACUAUUUUGUUUUGAUCUUA